AAGCACUCUCUUUCAGCCUGAGGCCUGAGAGAAGAUCAUCAUGGCGGGUCCAAAGAAACACCCAGACGACUGGGUGCUACGGUCCUUCUCCAGGAAACCACAGAAGAGUCAGCCGCACGUAUUCUCUCCCUUACUGUGGACACAUCUCCUCUUCCUGCUCGUGGGACUAGAAGCCUCUGGAAAGGACUCACCCCCAACAGUGGUGCCAGGGAUUCUAGGGGGUUCGGUGACUUUCUCCCUGAACAUUUCAGUGGACACAGAGAUUGAGCACGUCACCUGGAAUGGUCCCCAAAAUGCUCUUGCUUUAGCAGUCACAGAAACACAAGUUAUCAUUAUGGACAAAAGCUACCAGAACCGACUGAACAUCAGCUGGAACUACUCCUUGUCUAUCAGCAACCUGACUUUGAAAGACGCAGGAUCCUACAAAGCCCAGAUAAACCCCAAGAAUUCUAAAGUCACCAUUGAUGAGGAAUUCAUCCUGCGUGUCUAUGAGCAGGUGCAGGUGCCUCGAGUUGUCGUGAAGUCCGUGAACAUGUCUGAUAGUGCCUCCUGCAACAUUACCUUGAUUUGCUCUGUGGAGAGGGCAGGGACAAGUGUUCUGUACAGCUGGACCCCGAAGAACACCCAUGCUUCUGAAUCCCAUGGGGCCUCCACCAUCACCAUCUACUGGAUGCCAUGUGACCCAGACCUUCCAUACACCUGCACAGCCAGGAACCCAGUCAGCCAGAGCACCUCCGGCCCCAUCCAUGUCCGGCAGUUCUGUACAGCUCUGGGAGCCUCCAGAGGAGGAUCAACGGGGGAGACAGUGGUGGGGAUCCUCGGGGAGUCAGUCACCCUCUCCCUAACACUCUCGGCCAGUCACUACGUGAACAACAUUGUCUGGAUGUUUAACACAUCUAUUAUCACCAAAAAGCAGGAAGUGAAGCCCAAGAUUCCUGACAAGAACUCUGGCCAAGACUACUCCCUGAAGAUUGGCCAGCUAAAGAUGGAGAAUGCUGGCCACUACUAUGCCUAUGUGUGUUCAAAGGCCUCCAGAGUCAUCAGCAGAAAACAUUUCACCCUGCUCAUCUACCGGAGGCUGAAGAAGCCAAAGGUUACCGGGAGCCUUGAGCUCACUGAGGAUGGCAUCUGCAGGGUCAGCCUGACAUGUUCAGUGGAGGACAGUGGACACAAUGUGACAUACUUAUGGACCUUCCUACAGAAAGGAACUGUCAUGUCCCAAGGGGGAUCUCACCUCAAUAUCUCUUGGAGAAGUGAUGAAAAUCAUCCCAACUUCACAUGUACCACCAGGAACCCUGUCAGCAAGAGCUCCCAGUCAUUUCUUCCCGGUGACAUCUGCCCAGGGCACGAGAGAAACGUGAAGCUCUACAUUGGACUCUCCUUGAUGUCUCUUGUUCUUCUGUGCUUUGGGAUCUCCAUCUGGUGGUGCAUGUGGAAGCAAAAAGGACGGCGUGGGUUUCUGAGAUCAAUGGCAUCUGCCCUAGACCAUAUCCUGGGGCCUUUGCAGGCUUACUCAGUCCCAGACUCCAGCUCCAACCAAGCUGAAACCCCAGCGGAUGUGCCAGGGUAUGAGAAGCUGGACACUCUUCUCAAGACUGCCAAGCAACGGUCUAGGCCCCCCUCUGCCAGCAGCUCUGACAGCAGUGGAACAACCGAGGAGACGACAGACAUGGUCAAGGCUGGAAGAUACCAGGAGGACACUGGACCUGACUCGGCUUCUGAGACGCCAGCAGAGUACGAUCUCAUGCUGAGGAAUGCGCCUGCACCUACGGCCCAAGACAACACGGUGUAUGCGCAAGUAUUCCUCAACUUGCAGGGAAAGACCCUAGUUCCUCAACAGAAAGAGGGUUCGGCCACAAUCUACAGCUGUAUCCAGACACCCCAGAAGGUGGUGCCACCACCACAGCAGAAUGAUCUGGAGUCUCCUGAAACCCCUACCUAUGAAAAUUUGGACUGAAAAGAAAAGCAGCUGCUGCUUCUCUCCCUGUGGUCGGAGAGGGUUCUGGACUGUGUAGGGGCCUGGCGCUCUCACAGACAGAGCACUUCAGAACUGCCUUCAGCAUCUCAAAGGUGCCUGGGUUUGACCCUCGCCCUUCCUUUCACCCUUGUAACUUCCCAAGCCCAUGAACAGAUCAGACACAGGCUCCUUCUUGGAGUCCCUGGCCUUCAAGAUGCCCCUGCUCCAUCCAUCUCCACGCAGGCUCAGUUUCCCCCCCUCAGUUCAGAGGCACCACCUUAGAGCUUUGCCAAGGCUGGCCACAUGUGGCUGAAAGGGCUCUGGACCUUCACACCAUCUUCUAAACAGGUGAUAAAAUGGAUCCAACAGAUAUUCUCACUCAUGGGCACGAAGAUCUGUGUAAAAUUAUGUCCACUGCAGUAUCUUUUAAAAUAGAAGGACAG